AGCACAGAUAAUAUCGCGGAGUUUCAAAAUCUUGUGCACAUUCAAGAAACUCACCGUCAGUAGGAAAAUUGAUCCCAUAGCUGCAAUAUGGCCCGUCUUGAUCCUGUUUCAAGCGACGAUGACGCGCCGGAAGCAGUUUCUCACUCUAUUUCCAAACGGAAUGCUAAGCGGGAGAAGAAAACCCUUCGUGACUUUGAGGCAGAAGAAAACGCGCGGAAGAAGGCACAAAACCGGGAAAGGGACCGGAAAUUGAAGGAGCGGGCAGUUGUUACGCGUCUGGGGAAGCUUUCAGAUAACGUGGUGCGGAAGGGCAAGCGGAAAGCCCCAAGGGAAUUUAAUGGCGGAAGUGAUGAGUCCUCCGGUCAAGAGGACGAGGUUCUUGAGGAUAACACGUUGGAGGUGCGAAUGCGCCGCGCUAUGGAGGACGCUGCUGCUGAAAUGGAUGAUGGAGAUGAUGAGAGUGGCGACGGCGAGCUAGAAAAUCUGACGGAUGGAGGAUCAGGUGACAGUGUAAUAGAUGAAGAGAUGGCAGAGUUCGAUGGUGAAAGCGGACUAGAAGAGGAUGAGGAGACGUCGAGUGGAAGUGAUGACGAAUCAGGAGACGAAGACCAGCCUCCGUUAACGAAGUCAUUGACCAAGGGAAAAUAUCUGGAAGAUACGCUUUUCACGUCUGCAUUUGCUUCGCAAAGUGCGCAUGCAAUGGCAGAUACUACUGCAACCAAGUCACUACAAAAAGUGCAACCAUCGAGAAAACGGCAGCGACGGCCACUCGCACGCGCCAAAGACAUUCUUGUCGGAACUCGUACUAUCCGUACCCUACCCGAUUCACUUGCGUCCAAAGUUCAUUCAACAGCUCACACCAUCCCAUCACAAAAAAUACGCAAAUUUAUCAAUCAAAGCCUUGCUAUUAAAGGUCGAUUGGCGUCUGCUAAAGCAAAAGCGCGAGGAUGGGAGAGACGGCCAGGUGAGUCGUAGUCUAAUAUUGCUUUCACUCAUGCGAAUGAAAAUCUAGCGAAUAUCGGCGUAAUGAAAUGGACUGGGGCGCCUUCUGGUUUUAUUCGCGACAAGCAAUGAUAAAUUGCGCUACCAGUUGCUACGAUUAAACCCAAAGACGAAUUCCGAAUGGUGAUCGGUCAGGACACCUGUUGCAUUCAGGAAUUACUGAUGGAGAUGGAUAUCCGACUGUUCGUCCUGAGAUGGAAGAUAUUGGCUAAGUUAUGGCGACCUGCACU